AUAAGAAAGUAAAUUAAAAAGGAAAAACCAAUUCAUCACUUCCUUCUCGAGCUUGUUCGAUUGCCGCCGUUCUCGGGCAUUGCUCGAGAGGGUGAUCCCAAAUCCGAGCUUCAAAUGCUUGCACUGAUGAAUGAUAUCAAGGGUUUGAUCCUGGAAAACAGGUGUCUUUCAGGGUAUGGUGGCCAAAUGCUGCACGAUUUGCGAAUUUAGAAGUGCAUUUUCCGGGUGCUCGAAAGUCACAAAGUACAUUGUUCUCUUUUUCCAUCCAAGGAAUGGUGCCUCAUACGAUUUUCGAUAAUUUAACUUGCAGGGAUCCAUGAAGAUUUAAAACUUAGAAAGCUAACCAUAUCUAGUUUUCAUCUCGCUCUGUUGGAUAUUGAGUUAUAGACUAUCCAACCUAGUCAUGGCAGGAGCAUCGAAUUCGAAAUCACCAAAAGCAAAUAUGAAGCGUGUAGUGGCAAAAGAGUCUACUAAUUCAGCUCAUAAAGGAAAAAAGAUCUCUCCGAAACCCGGGGCCCAGAGAUAUAGUUUAAGAUCUGCUCUCAAUGGUGUUAGAGUUCUGAGAUCAAUGUCAAAUGGAAAAAGUAAUUCCCCUGUCAUGUCCGAUAAGAGUAACAGUAGGAGUAGGAGUAAGAGUAAGAGUAAAAGCCCUGUAAAAAAGUCUGUUAGUCUCCCGGUACAGCCAGUAACAGAAAGAAGAAAAAAGAAGAAAGUGAGAAAAGUUACAGCUGAUGAAUUCUCUAAAAUCAGGAAUCGUAUAUAUUACUUGCUGAAAAGAAUAAGUUACGAACAGAAUCUGAUUGAUGCAUAUUCAGGGGAAGGAUGGAGAGGGCAAAGUUUGGAAAAAAUUAAGCCUGAGAAGGAGCUUGAACGAGCCAAAUCUGAAAUUUUACGCUGCAAACUAAAAAUCCGUGACUUGUUUCACCAUUUGGACUCUUUAUUAUCCAAGGGAAGAUUUGAGGACUCUUUGUUUGAUUCUGAGGGACAAAUUUCUAGUGAUGAUAUAUUUUGUGCCACAUGCAAUACAAAGGAUGUUACCGCUAAUAAUGAUAUUAUCCUCUGUGAUGGAAUUUGUGAUCGUGGUUUCCACCAAAAGUGCUUGAACCCUCCAUUGUUGAGUGAAAAUAUUCCAUCUGGAGAUGAAGGUUGGUUGUGCCCUGCGUGUGAUUGCAAGGUAGACUGCUUUGACUUGCUCAAUGAAUUUCAAGGAAGUGACUUGACUAUUGAGAAUACAUGGGAGAAUGUUUUUCCUGAGGCAGCUGCCUCCACAAAUAGUGGUAUGCAGCAUGAUGAAUCUGGCUUUCCAUCAGAUGAUUCGGAGGAUGAUGAUUAUGAUCCUGAUGUUCCUGUUGUUGAUGAGGAAGACCAGGAAGAAGGAUAUAGUUCUGAAGAAUCUGAUUCCAUUUCCUUGUCAGAGGAAUCUGGGGGUUUAAAGCAUGAACUACAGAACAAAGAUUUGGGUCUCCCUUCUGAUGAUUCUGAAGAUGAUGAUUAUGACCCGAAUAGGCAAGACAUUGAUGAAAAAACUAAGAAAACAAGAUCAAGUUCUGAUGAGUCAGAUUUUUCGUCUGAUUCUGAUGAAUUCUGUGCAUUACUUUCAAAAGCAUCGGAUGCUAAUGAAGUUUCUGAAUCUUGUAAGCCUUCCACCAGUUCUAGUGAAAGAAGACGUGCUUCUCAAAGAAAUAAGUCUACAAUAAAUUCCGCGCCUCUUUCUUUAUCAGAGCCUAAUAUGAACCAAGAAAAUGCUAUACCUGUAUCAGAGAAAACGCAGCAUGAACAUCUAGAUUAUAAAAAGUUACAAGCGGAAGGCAAUGGUAAGACGUAUUAUAAUUCAACUGAUGAUGAAGACUGGUCUAACGUGAAUACAAAGAAGAAAGGUAAGGGAGAUCCUCAUUCUACAAAGAAGAAAGGCUCUAGAAGAUCCAAGGGCAAGCUUGCUGAGGAUGGAGGAACUGUGAACUCAGGGUUGGAUCUACUUCAGGCCUCCCAAAUUUCAAAUGAAUUGACACCUUUGGGAACACAAGUCAGGUCAGAGGCCCAUCAGGUCAAUAUGUUUGUAGCUGAACGACUUGGUGAUUCCCAUGGACCUGAUUCUAAUGGCAAUGCGAGGCCUAUUCCACGUAGGUCUCUGGGUGGUGCAAUAUCUCAGAAACUUCUUCAAUCCUUUGGAGAGAGUCAGUACCCUGCACGACACACGAAAGAAAGAUUGGCUGCAGAGCUUGGGUUAACAUUUCAGCAGGUGAGUAAAUGGUUUGAGAAUACACGGCGCAGCCUGCGAGCUUCACAAGCAAUCACACCUCUAGCAGUUAGUCAGCCUGGGAUGAAUAACAGGGAUGAAUCUCAGGCGAAAGAAACCAAUCAAGCUGGGAUAAUUACUCCAACUAAUGGCAAUGCAGCAAGUGCCAGUUUAAUAUGUGUCACAACUCCGAGCAAAACUGCAGCUGCGUCCAAUUCUCAGGGCCUCUAUACUGGAUCUAGCUUCAGUAAUGGACAGAACUCUGGUAGCGGCCGGGGUAAGAGAAACAAAUCAGUGGAGGAUGGCAAACAAGAGGUUCAAGAUGUGAGUACCUCAAACAUUGUAGACAAAACAAGAGAAUUAAUCGACAAAGAUCGGCAGAAGGCAAUAGCUCGUGAAUUGCGAAAGAGAAGGAAGUGCAUGUGAGAUUCUUUUGCUGAUGCUAUGCCUGCAUUACAAGUUUCGGUUUAGUGAAAUUUGUAGGAAAUAGCAACUAAACAUUGCAGAAUCUUUAAUCGACGCUAAUUCUUUUAAUCU